UUCAGCUCACGGAUGGAGCGGUUUAACGCCCCCACCACCCGUCCGGCCAGCCCUCUCCCAGGAAACUGGUGCCCCCGUACCCUCUCCAACGCCGUUACCAACUUACAGCUUAAACUUUAGGACAAUGAAACAUCCAGCUCCAAACAAGCCUCCUGCAUACGCCAGGAAAGGGAGGGGGAGCUGCGACUCUUAAGGGCCCAGACAAUCGCAGAGAAUGUCUUUCUAAAGCAAAGAUUCUCUGAUUCCUCACUGACUGAGAGGCUGAGCUGAGCUCUCAAGAUGAAAGCAACACUGCUGAGAUGAUUGACCUGAUGUUUAAGGACAUGCUGGAGGCUGCUGCCCAGGGAAGGGAGGAGGAGGGCUCUGAGGAUUACGACAGUGGCAUAGCCACAGUGUUGCGCAGAAAGGAGAAAACGGACACAGAGUUGGACAAGGAGAACGCUGAGGAAGGUGAAGACCUGGAAGAGACCAGGGAACUGGACUCCAGUGCAGUUGAGCUGCUGACACUCCCACCCAGCUGCAUCCUCUCUCAUCUCAGCAGGUCUGUGGAAGCUGUGGUCACUCCAAUGAGACUUGCAGCUAGUCAGCCAGCCACCCCACCAUCCCUACCUCUGACUCCUGAAGAGCUGACCACUCCCCCUGCCGACAGUGCCCCUCUUUACGGCAUCGAUGCCUACCGUACAUUGAGGCAGAGCACCAAGCCAGCAAUUCAGAGUGUAACCCCAGGGUUGCAGAGGCGUGCAGCUGAGGAGUCCCACCCCCAGCAAACUGUCAACACCAAGGACAGGAUCAUGGUUCUGAAUGAGGAGGCUGCCAAGCUGCAGACGGUCAUCAAUCAGACGUUGCAGGCCCUGAGCUGCUGCACUGAUGAGGACAACGGCAGGGGUUCCCUGGAGGAGGCCGAGGCUGAGAAACUACUGCUCAUCUCCUGUGAGCAGCGGGCGGCCCUGCUGGCUGAGGUGACCAGGCUAAGGGAGAGGGGGUCUCAGGGGAGUUAGAGGGCGGUGAUGGUGAGGGGGACUCCAGCAUGUCCCAGCAGCCCUGCAGAGGCACCGUCAGCAUCAAGUGUCCAGCUCCCUCUCAAGGUGGAGUUUGUCUGCUCAGCCCGCACACAAACAGGUCGCCCAACUCACUAUUUCUUUGUCCUGAUUCGCUAUGGACCCUGCAACAUUGUUGCGACCCCAUUGGCCACUGCAGCGGACGCCCAGAAUGGAGACACC